UUGAAAAUAGCGUCAGCAGAAAACGACCCAGCUUUUUAUCGGAGAUGUCUGCACGAAUAUUUUCGAACGCCUAGGAUUAUGCGAGAGGGAGAUUUGUUCUGCAUCGUGCUGAAGCGACCUAGGUACCUAGCGACAGCCGACGAUGGCCUAGGCGAAGAAAGCGAGCUGGUUGAGGACGAUCUCGGCUGGGCGGGUUCGAAUCACCGCGGCCACCUUCCGCCGAGCGAAAUCGAGCGCGAUGAAUACACGGAAAGUGACUCGCCUUCUUUGACGGUUUACCCAGAAGAGGAUGAAUUGGCGAGUCGAAUUUGUUACUUUCGACUUGACAGGGCAACUCCGCUGUCAUCCAAGACAGAGCCGUCUUUUUUCAUAGUUUGCGACGCAACAACAGUAUAUCAAGACGGCACCGUCAAUUCCAGAGUAGUUUCAGACCACGUUUUUUUCGUUCAGAGGGCCGAUCCGUUUUUGAAAUGGACAAAUUCAUCGAUCGAGUUCAAAUUUCCUCCGCCUGGUUUAGAGAAGCAGGCGUCAUCCAUCUCGUCCCUCCUUCGGCCCUGCGUCCACCCUCUCGCCACCGACAUCGGCCUGCAGGUCAGCGUGCUUCUCUCAGGCCAGAGCGGGUGCGGAAAGACCUACUUGGUGAGGUCUCUGGCCGCGCAUCUGGGCGUCCACUUGCUCGAAAGGUCCAGCAGCGACUUGGUAAAGAGGUCCAACGGUCGAAUCGACGCGUCGCUUCACAGUGUUUUUUUAGACGCGAUCAAGAUGGCGCCUUGUAUAUUGUGCAUAGACGGAAUUGAGCUGUUUGAAAGGGCGCAUUUGGGGGACGGCGAUCACACUCGCUUCGAGCUGGCGGUUGCCAAGAUGAUUAAGGAUGGUUUGGGGACGUUGAUGCAGCACCAGAAGAAGUCUCGCUGGCCGGUGGUGCUCGUGGCGACGUCUGGAGACAGCGGUGAGUUAUCGAAGACGCUGCGCGCCUGUUUUAGCUACGAAGUGACGGUUGGCAUUCCAGAUGAAUCGGCGCGGUUGGACAUUCUGAGAUGCGCCACGGCGCAGUGUUGCGUGUAUCACGACGUUUCUUUGGAGGAGGUGGCGAAGGAGACGUCAUAUUUCACGAUGUCCGAUUUGGUCGCGUUGGUUCAGCGCGCCGGAAGCGAGGCCGUCGAGCGCGUGGUGUCGUCGUGCAAUCGUGGCGGAUUGCUGGACUGUCUCGAGGAAUUGACGCCGUCGAUGGAAGAGGAUCUUUGCUGCGUUGGGCUGGCCAUUAGCCGAGUCGAUUUCGAGAGGGCGUGCGAGCACAUGAAUGCGUGGAAGUCCAACUCUCUCGGCUUUGGGUUGUACAGGAUUCCGAAGGUAAAAUGGGAAGACAUUGGGGGACUUCAAGAGGCCAAGAAAGAAAUUUUGGACACGAUUCAGUUGCCCGUUUUGCACCCUGAAUUGUUUUCCGAGGGCGUACAACAUCGUAGUGGUGUGUUGCUGUACGGUCCUCCGGGAACGGGCAAGACUUUGCUGGCGAAAGCGGUCGCUACGGAGUGUCGGCUCAAUUUCAUUUCGGUCAAGGGGCCCGAAUUGCUGAGCAUGUACAUUGGGUUGUCCGAGAAGAACAUUCGAGACAUUUUUGAACGCGCUUCGAACGCCCAGCCGUGCGUGGUCUUUUUUGACGAGUUGGAUAGCUUGGCGCCCAAGCGUGGGAUUCACGGAGACAGUGGUGGCGUGACGGAUCGGAUUGUGUCUCAGCUGUUGGCGGAGCUGUCCGGGAUUGGCCGGACGAGUCAGAUUUUCGUAAUUGGGGCGACGAACCGUCCGGACUUGAUUGAGCCGUCACUUUUGGUUCCCGGGCGAUUUGACAAGUUGAUUUAUUUAGGUGGGCAUCAAACGGUGGAUCAGCGACUCCACGUUCUUCGUGCACAGACAAAGAACUUUUGUUUAGGGAAAACGGUGGACUUGGUGGAUUUGGCUGAAAAGUGCCCGAGUAAUCUGACUGGUGCCGACAUGUAUGCGCUCUGCUCGAACGCGCUGUAUUUGGCCAUAGGGAGCCGAGUUAGAGAAUACCGGGGCCUGAGUCCAGAAGACUUAGAGGGUCUGAAGGCGGAUUCUUCGCUGUCGGUGAGGGUUGAGCAGCAGCAUUUUAUCUCGGCGCUUGAAAAGUUGGCGCCCAGCAUGACUUUUUCGGAGUUGAAGCGCUACGAUGCCAUCAGAGAGCGGUUCGAGAGCCGGGUCCGGCCGGUGGACUGAGUUUUUUGGACAGUGGAACAGGGAGGGGUGGUGACGGGCGCGAGGGGGGGUAUUGGGUUUAUUUUAUUGGCCGACUUUGUGUAUUUGGACAAGAUUUUUUUUGGUUUUUUAAUAUUCGGUUCACAGCGCCCGGCGAGCAGCGUGGGAGGAGUAGGAGAGAGCGUUGAUGUCGUCAUUUUUUAUGACCAUUGAGGACAGCGAGGAGGAACAGGUUCCGGACUCUGAGGUAGGUGGGUCGAGGGCGGAGACGGAGAUAGAAGAAGACAAUGAUUCGAUAUCGUUUGAGUACGAGGCGGACGACUUGGAGUCUGCGCUGAAGCCGGCGCACGCCUGGGACUUUGGCCGCGCGCGAGAGGGUUUGCUGGAGCCGGUGGGCGCGGCGAAGAGCGUGGACGAGAUUGUGGCGAGUCGGGGGCGCGAGGCGGGGGGGUUGGAGUACGCGUCGGAAGAGGAGGAGGAAGAGAGCGAGGAGUCGGUUGCGGAGAGUGAUGAUGUGGAUGAGACGAGGGAGGUGAGGGUUAGAGGGAGGAGGAAGAGCGGCGGGCUGAGAGAGUUUGUGGAGGAGGAGGAGGAGAGUGUUGGGUUUGAGUCGCUCGGGUUGUCUCGCCCGUUGAUGAAGGCGCUCAUUGAGUUGGGUUAUCGCAGUCCUACGCCGGUUCAGAGGGAUUGCAUUCCGGCGGCGUUGAGGGGCAGGGACGUGUGCGUGAGUGCGGUGACGGGUUCUGGAAAGACGGCGGCGUUUAUUUUGCCUAUUUUGGAGAGGUUGUUGUACCGAGACCGCGGGGCGAAGGUGACGCGCGUUUUGGUGCUGACGCCGACUCGGGAGUUGGCGGCGCAGUGUCAGAGCAUGGUGAAUGGUUUGGCCAGGUACACAAAUGGGAUUACGUGCGCGUUGGUUACGGGUGGGAUGGACAACAAGAAGCAGACGGUGGAUUUGAGGUCUCGCCCGGACGUGGUCGUGGCGACGCCUGGCCGGAUGCUGGACCACAUUUUGAACACGUGCGCGUUCGGUUUGGAGGAUUUGGAGAUUUUGGUGUUGGACGAGGCGGACCGCUUGUUGGAGUUGGGUUUUGUGGCUCAGUUGGAAGAGAUAGUGAAGGCUUGUCCCAAAUCUCGCCAGACCAUCCUUCUGUCUGCUACGAUGACCGACAACGUGAAGAGGUUGGCCAGUCUGUCGUUACAGAAUCCGGUUGAGCUCAAGUUGAACCCGUUGUACCAAGUGGCCGACAAGUUGACCCAGGAGUUCAUUCGCGUGAGGUCCGGUUCUCCGUACCAGAAGAGCGCUUUUUUGCUUUGCUUGUGUACGAGGACGUUCAAGAGUCGCGUGUUGAUUUUUUGCACGCACAAGCGGACGGCUCACGAUUUGAAAAUUUUGUUCGCGCUGGUUCGCUUGAGCGCCGCUGAGCUUCACGGCGAUCUGACUCAGGAGCAGCGAUUCGAUGCGUUGGAGAGUUUUCGAGACCAGAAGGUGGACUUCUUGAUCGCUUCGGACGUGGCUGCUCGCGGUUUAGACAUUCUUGGCAUAGAAACCGUGAUCAACUACGAGUUGCCCAUCAAUUUAACUGGCUACGUUCACCGCGUCGGGCGAACGGCGAGGGCCGGCCGUUCGGGCCGCGCUGUCAGCUUAGUAACGGAGUCGGACCGUAAUUUGUUCAAGCAGAUCGUCAAGCACUCCGGCACGGCCGUGAAACAACGCAUCAUUUCACCGGAACUAUUGAGCAAAUGGCAAAAGAAAAUCGAAGAACUUCAGUCCGAAACCGACGAAAUCCGGUCUCAGGAGAAAGCAGACCGCCUCCUGCAAGCCGCGGAGAUGGAGGCGACUCGAGCGAGCAACAUCAUCUCCCACCAAAAAGACAUUCUCAGCCGCCCGGCCAGAACGUGGAUCAUGAGCAAUCGCGAAAAGGCGUCUCUCCAAAAGCGAAGCAAAGCCGCCGCCCUCCGCUCUUCCGGCCUCGACGACUGCAGCGCACCCAGUCAUCGCCAGAAACGCGUCAGAGAGGAAGCGCAGGACGGAGAGGACGACCCCGCUCGGCCCUCUCACCACGGGCGAGCGAGCAGACCGAAGAAGCGCAAACUCAGCCAGGAAGACGCUCGCGAGCUAAAAAUUCAGCGAAUUCUCAAGAAAAAAAACAAAAAAUUCAACAUGAAAAAAAAAGAUGCGCCGGCAGGCUCGAGGGCCGGUGGCGCCAAGUCUAGACGCAAGGCCCCAUCCGCGAGCUCCCCCCCGCCUAGUUCCAAAGGCUCCAAAUUCGGAGGGCGCGUCUUUCAGCGCCGAAGUGGGAAAUCUCAGAAACCCCCGUCUAAGAGCAAAGCGCGCUACAAAAAACGAAGUUAGGAAAAUCACUCUCUCGAGCCGCGCGCGCGCCCCCCUCAAAAAAAAAAAAAAAAGUCCAGCGACCAGGUGCCGCUCUAUUUUUUGGCGUCAGAUUGUGUAUGCAAAUGCUGAUUUAUGCGACCGUAAAAUUUUUUUUGCAUAUUAUUGUAAAGGUGUCUUUCUCUCGUUUCACGCAAACUGUGUUUGGCACAAAAAAAAGGCCAUUUAAUUGUCGAUCUCGCCUCUAUCCAGCCCACCACAUUAGUAGCCAUGCUGCACGCGCACCCGUUCGACAGAAACCAGGCCAAAAUCAACGUUGCCUGGAUGGACGACUGGGUUCCUAGAGUUAUUUACGUGUUUGCCAUAUUUGGGCUAAAAUACCUGAUCGACAUAUUCAGUUUUGGCAUGAUUACUGAUGGCUUGGCGUGGUCAAUCGUACAUACGAUUCAUGCAAUGACUUCCUUCUAUAUUCUGCAUUGGGCGAAGGGUUCUGCAUUUUAUUCGGACUCCAGAGAGGUGCUCAAACUCACUCUAUGGGAGCAAAUCAAUGGCGAAAGAGUCUUCACUCCUGCGAGAAAAUUUUUAAUCAUCGUUGUCAUUUUAUUAUUUAUUAAAACCUGGCACAUGAACGACUAUAAGAUGGACCUCGUCAACACGGUGAAUUGGAUUUUGUUCCUGCUGCUUUUCAUCGCCAAAUUACCAAGCGUUCACAGGGUUAGAUUUUUUGGUAUCAACAACGCAUGAAGUUUGGGCCUUCGCGCUCGACGAAAACUUCAGAAACGCCUGUCCUGCAGAGAUAGUGUGUUUCGUGUUUAUUUGUUUUCUGUCUCGCUAAAAAUCAGAGUCAGAAAAAAAAAGAACAGUUGUGUUUUAAUCUGGAUGACGGACGACUUGUACGCGCAGGUGAUAUGCAUGUUCAGCCCCGCCGACCGAGAGAAGGAGAUAACAGUGAUUCUACAGAAGAUCUGUCGGCUAGGCGACUAGUGGUCGUAGCUGCGGCUCAGUAAAAUAAAUAGUUGCUUAGACUG